CACCCUUUAAAAUUUUGGACAGUCCUAAGGCACCCUUUAAAAUUUUGGACAGUCCCGAGACACCCUGUAAAAUUUUGGACGGUCCCCGAGGCACCCUGUAAAAUUUUGGACAGUUACGAGGCACCCUGUAAAAUUUUGGACAGUCCUGAGGCACCCUUUAAAAUUUUGAACAGUCCCGAGGCACCCUGUAAAAUUUUGGACAGUACUGAGGCACCCUGUAAAAGUUUGGACAGUUACGAGGCACCCUGUAAAAUUUUGGACAGUCCUGAGGCACCCUUUAAAAUUUUGGACAGUCCUGAGGCACCCUUUAAAAUUUUGGACACCCCGAGGCACCCUGUAAAAUUUUGGACAGCCCCGAGGCACCCUGUAAAAUUUUGGACAGUCCCAAGCACCCCGUAAAAUUCUGGAUAGUCCCAAGGCACCCCAUUCUAAAAUGUGA